AUUAAACUGAAAUAAAUUGAGGAUGGCGCGUGGACGCUGAAGACAUUAAAUAUGUAUGUAUAUUUUUUGUAGAUUUUCAAAAUCAAGUGAUCUGGACGCACUACUAGUAUAUAAAACACGAAUUUACAACAAAUGUGCGUUGGCACGCCGUCUCUAUCGGCUGGGUAUGCCUUUUUUUGAACUGGACGAUUGGAUGUGUUUGGUUGAGGGUGAGAGUUCCUUCAAUACGAAAGCUAUAAAUCCAUCGAAUGUGGAUGGCUCCGUUGAUUGGGGCCUGUUUCAAAUCAACGAUCGCUACUGGUGCAAACCAGCAGAUGGACGUCCAUCCACUAAUUCGUGUCGCAUGCCUUGUCGUUUACUACUGAGCGAUGAUAUACGAUUUUCGGUUGCUUGCGCAAAGUAUAUACGACGCAUUCAAGGCUUCAGCGCUUGGGUCGCAUGGAAUAAUCGUUGUCAAGGCUAUAAGCCGAGCGUGAAGCACUGCUUUGUGCAUAGUGGACCGUAUUUGAAUUAAAGUUGUAUGCGUUUGUGAUUAACUGUGUAUUUUUAUAUUGUAAUAAAAGAUAUGUGAAUAAAUAUAAGAUGAACCUCAAGGCUUUAAUUUUUUUCAUAUAAAUUUGGUAGAAAACCCAUUACUGCCGUUUUUGGUUUCCUUUGAACUUCCUGCAAUUUCUCAACUCGUGAUCAAAGAGACCUCGCAAUAUUACAGGUACUUUAUAGUUCCUUCAAAUGGUUUGACAUCCAUCUGUCCAGCAAUACAUAAACCUAUGGGUUUUAUGGUGCCUAUUUUCAAUUGUAGCUUUGAAAUAUAUCCAGUUUUUAUUGGAACUCGCUUCAAUUCCUUAAGCGCUCAUAUAGACGUUACAAUUAGUGAGGUUAAAUCUCGUUUAAACCCUU